GUCGACACAGUUGUCACAGACGCACAGUGCUGGUCAAGGAAUUAAACCAAAUUUGAAACACUGCGAGUGAGGUUGGUAUUAUCCCACAUGGAAGAACUGCAGCUAAACCAAGACGAUGACCUGUAUGGAUUGUUGUCCAUAGCUGUCUCCUUCCACUCUCUCAAUGAUGUGCUGCUGGACUGGAGUGAGAGCGGGAAAGACGUUUCUCAUCUAAAUACUGACCAGCCUCCACUUCGAAAUGUAUUGCAUCCUAUGGAAGGUGAGAGUGAGACUGUGUUGCUGCUGCCUUCAAGAGGAGACACUUGCCUUAAGGGCCAGGAUGAGGAAGCUUUCUCUUCACAGUUCAUCCAUGAGAAUAAUGAGUUUCGAGAUACAGAUCCUAAAGCUGGCGAAGCAGAAGCGGGUCAGGAGUGGAUAGGUAUGGAAACUUAUCCACGGGAAGAGAAUCCUGCCCUGAAGGAGGACAAAUACUACUAUCCUACACCCUUCCCCAUCUCACCACCUGAAAUCGGUUCUGCUACCACCUGCGAACCUAACCCUCAUCGUCCGGUGCCCCCCAUUCCAGCACCUGGAUCAUCUGUAGCUCACUCCACCUGGAAACCCUACUAUGAACCUGUUGCUGCCAUCUGGCCAUCAAAUCAUGAACCUAAGUAUUUCAACAAGUUCUCCACACAAGAACAAUGUGACAGAGGUGCUUAUAAAAACUGCAUUAAUAAUGACCAUCAGGAACUUACUUCCUUGCAAGUUCCAGCUGUAACCAAUUUCACAGAUAAGUCUUCGGCUCUGUUAAUGAAUUCAGUCACGAGUUCAACCACAAAGCAAAUGAAGCCUUUUACUUGGAAACCUUCCCGACCAGAAGUUUCUAAGAGUCCAAGUGGUGAGUCUAGAACAUGUCAUAAUCAAAGUAAGGAGAAGAAAUAUGAAGAUUUGGUACUCUCGGCGGAGUCAUUGAAUUAUGAGUGCGGCUUGUGUCAUCUGCGGACACGUACUCUCCGGGGUCUAAAGAUGCAUAUGUUAUACCACAAGGUGCAGGGACCAGCUGUCUGUGUCAUUUGUGGUGAGGUCACAGGGGAUGUGUUUACACUUGGUAUUCAUGUUGGUACUCACCCAGGCGGGCAUGACAGACUCCUUAGGGAACGCCUGCUUCCAAAACGGAACGAAAAAAGGCUCUUCGUCUGCCACAUCUGCGACAAGACCUAUUACAAAAUCAGACUUUUUAAAGAGCAUAUCAGGAAACAUACAGGAGAAAUGCCAUUUCAGUGUAAUUUUUGCGGCAAAAAAUUUCGUGUUACUAAUUACUACAAUAUACACCUGAAAAAACAUCAUACAUAAUGCUGGGAAAAUGACGAUUUAAAUGGUAAGCAGAAGUAAUACAAUAAGGGUGUGUGUGUGUGUGUGUAAUGUCUCAGACUUUUUUUGUUUAGUCUUUUGACUGUCUCUUACCAACACUCGCAUGUUCGUGACGGUCAAGUGGCUUUUGUUAGAAACCGUAACACAAUGUAGAUGAAUUUUAAAGAAGUUACAGCGUAACUUUGAGUUUUAUCAAUAAAUGUUUUAAUGAUGACUUGACAUAAGACAAAAACAAAAGUAAUGUGGUUUAAAUUAAUCCUCUUAAAUAUGUUAUAAAACAAGAACAAAUUACUGGGAGUUAAGGAAAUAAUACUUUUUAACUGACAGGCAUUUCCGUGUU